CUUCAAUCGGUUGGACUCGAAGGACCACAAAAAGUUGAAAGACGUUCACUUAUCAUACCAUGAACCCAGAAGAGAUGUCACAGAGUCACUUCUGGCGCCUGUCCAAGCGAAACAAAGGGCCAGAAAUGAAGGUAUAUUAGGCGACAUGCGUGCUUCUGUAAACAGGUCCACGACAAACAAUGAGGAAACAACUCAGACCACCAUUCGAGCCAAAGGACAGAUCAGAACCGGUACCAAGCCAGUGAGAGAUAAACCCCGUUUGAAAGAACGACCGGCCUGGAUGCAGAAGCACACCACGGGCAAAUCCGUUCGGCAACUACGGGACAAUCGGGGGAAGUUCAAUACGGAUUCAGAUGAUAUUCGCAGGCCGACAGAGCCUAGUCGUCUGAGUGGCCUCGCGGUCUUGCCAACGGAUUCGCAUUUGGAAGCUGUGGUGGUGUAUAUGACCCAUCCAGCAGAGAUUGGUGCGCGACAGUACAUACGUGAUACAAUCGCGUAUACGUAUACUAUGGGAGAGUACAAGCACGUCCCAGUGGCUUACUACUUUGUUACUGGCUCGGGGUAUCUUGCUGACCGAAAUGGCGGGGUGGUGAAGCAGUCCAGUGAUGAAGGCCCUGGGCGAUCUGUCCGGAAACGUUUUGAUACGCAAGAGCUGUAUGAUGAGGCGGAAUUCUUCAAGGAUAUGAUUGUUCUCGAUGAUUUUGAGGAGGAUUACUUCAAACUGACAUCCAAGACGGGGGCCACAAUCGCACGAAUUGAUGAGCUAUUGCAAAUCGCCAACACCAGCGCCCGAUGGUACGUCAAAACCGAUACGGAUGCCUGUGUAGACCAUGCAGUCCUCCUCCGGACCCUCACCAAGAACGGUGCACGUGCACGUGUGGGAGACUCAGCCUGGAUGGGCAUGUUGUACUAUAACGUUCCUACCAGGCCAGGUGGUAAUGAUAGCAAGUGGGAUGACCACACAUACACACCAUCGACAUACCCGCCCUACAUGAACGGACCACUCUAUGCGCUUACCUGGGCUCUGGUGGAUGCCAUAGCCAGUCGGCAUAGACAAGGUGAUCUGGUUAUGUACGCGAAUGAGGAUGCGGCCGUGGGUGUCUGGUUGAAUGAAUCCGGAAUUGUUCCUACUCCAAUAGAAAUAAAAUUUCCACAAUGGGUCGAGCGUAAGUACUACAUAACCCCUGCCGUGUGCUGGGACGUGCCACUUGUCGUUCAUGGCUGCUGGACCGAAAGCGAUGUUGGCAUCAGUGCCGCAAGUAUCUACGGGACACUGGACUGUUAUAACAUCAGAUAG